AUGCCGUUUCCAUUGCCCCUCAACUUUCCAAAGUGGCUGUCCGAAAAUGAGCACCUGCUGCAGCCGCCGGUCGGCAACUUCUGCCUCUUCCGCUCCCAGGACUACACGGUGAUGGCCGUGGGCGGUCCCAACGCCAGGUCCGACUACCAUUACCAGCCAACGGAGGAAUUCUUCUAUCAGUACAAAGGCGAUAUGCUCCUCAAGGUGAUCAACGAGGAAGGCAAGUUCCAGGACAUUCCGAUCAAGGAGGGCGAGAUGUUCAUGCUUCCAGCCAACACACCACACUCACCAGUGCGAUUCGCCAACACGGUCGGCAUCGUGGUGGAGCGCACACGGCCAGAAGGCAGCCCAGAUGCGAUGCGAUGGUACUGCCCCAACCAGGAAGCUCACGGCGACAAGCCCACACUGGUCAAGGAAGUCAAAUUUCAAUGCACAGAUCUCGGAACGCAGCUCAAGCCUAUCAUCCAGACAUGGGCCGAGGACGAGUUGGGUCGCAAGUGCGGCUUCUGCGGCUAUCAAGUUGGCGUAAGGGAGCUGCCAGCAUGA